AUGGCGAGGGGUCGGCAGAGCGUUUGUUUGCUGGAGCGCGGCAAGGAGAAAUGGCCCGGGGAGUUUCCAGCGGGACCGCCUGAUGCCGUGAAGGAGCUGCAUGUCAGCGGGGAAUUCGCUCCCUGGAGGACCAAGGGCAAGUGGGCCGAAGGAGGAGAUCCGACAGGACUCUACCACCUGGUGGUUGGGGAAGGACAGAAUGCGUUUAUCGGGAAUGGUCUAGGCGGAACCAGCUUGCUGAAUGCGAACGUCUUCUUGGAAGCCGAUCAGCAGGUUCUGAACAUGAACAGUUGGCCGACGGAGCUGAACGAUGAGGCGGCAUGGAAAAAGUAUUAUGGCCGGGCCAGAGACGUUCUGGAACCUGCUUCGUAUCCUCUUGAUUAUCCGAAUCUGCCAAAACUGGAUCUACUCCAGAAACAAGCCAAUCUUAUGGGAUGGGGCGAGAAAUUCUAUCGCGUUCCGCAGACCACUCGCUUUGUGGAUGGACCCAAUAGUACUGGAGUCGAAAUGCAUGCUUCCACCGGCACCGGCAUGGACGCCACCGGCAUCAAUGACGGGAGCAAGUCGAGUACUUUGGUGAAUUAUCUCAGCGACGCCUGGAACUGGGGCGCGGAAAUGUUCUGCGAAUGUGAAGUGCGGUAUCUCAAGGCAGCCCCGGAUGGAGAAGGAUAUAUCGUCUAUUUUGCUUGGCAUGGCGGCAAGCGGGGAGCAUUCAAGGAAAACAUCUACGAGGACUUGAUGUGGGUACACGCAAGAAAAUGCGUGUUCCUUGGGGCCGGAAGCCUGGGCACCACCGAGAUUCUUCUCCGCAGUAAACAGAUGGGCCUGGAGAUGAGUGAGUGCAUCGGCACUGGAAUGAGUGGCAAUGGAGAUAUCCUCGCAUUUGGCUACAAUACGGACUACAAUGUCAACUCUGUUGGGCGCCCAUUUCCGUCACCAGAGCGUCCCAUCGGGCCCUGUAUCACCGGGGUGAUUGAUUGUCGGAGCCAACGUGAUCCGCUGGAUGGGUUCGUCAUCGAAGAAGGAACCAUACCACAAGCGCUGGCUCCGUUAUUCGAAACUAUGCUUGAACUCUUGCCCGGGCAGAUCGCUCCCAGGGGACUUGGUGUUUUUGAAAAGGUCAAACACUUGUUGGCAAGGCAGGGCAGCCAGCUUCUGGGUCCAUACUUCCGCAAGGGGAGCACUGAGAAGACUCAGGUAUAUCUCGUCAUGUCGCAUGACAGCAACCAGGCGACUCUCACGCUUCAAGAUGAUAGACCGAUACUCAAAUUCUUGGGCGUAGGCCGCUCCGAGCACGUCGAGUACCUCGAUUCAGUCCUUGCGCAGGCGACGAAUGCUGUUGGAGGAACUUACGUGGGAAGUCCCUUCUGGGCUGCUCUGGGGCAGCAAGAAAUUACUGUUCACGCAAUCGGUGGAGCCUGUAUCAGUAGAGAUGGAACAGGUGCAAAUGGCGGGACAAACCAUAUGGGCGAGGUAUUACAAGGCGACGGCACUGGCGUACAUGAAGGUUUGUAUGUCUGCGACGGCGCUCUCGUUCCCACGGCUCUCGGAGCCAAUCCUUUCGCCACAAUCACGGCAUUGGCCGAGAGGUCAGUCGAACUGGCUGCAAAAAAGAGAGGUAUCGACAUUGACUUCGAUACGAGCAAUGGCAUCUUAAACCUAUAUGGGGAACCCAGAUUCCCGGUGAUGGAUCAUGCAGACAUUAAAACCACGGAAGAACUCAUAGAUUUGGCCAAGGAUGACCAGACCAGUGGAAUUGGGUUUACGGAGGUAAUGUCUGGCUUCAUCCACAUUGGAGAUGAUGUUAAAGACUUUGAUCUUGCCACCAAAAUCGCUCGCAGCGAAUGCGAGGCGGCCAGGUUUUUCCUCAGUGUGAAGUCUUGGGACACCGAAGAUUUGGUCUCGAGCAGCGCUCAUUCCGCCAUGCUGACCGGCUCCUUCUCCUGUGCAGGACUUAAGGGUCCAUUCAUGGUGCAUCGGGGCGAUUUCCAGCUCUUCAAUCAGGAUACAAGAGAACCAACUACUCGGAACUUGACCUAUAACUUCGAGAUGAUAUCCCCAUCUCGUGAGAAGCUCUGUUUCAAUGGUUAUAAAGUUGUCAAUCCCUCCGUUGCUUUUGAUCCGAUUGGAUUUUGGAAAGCGACAUCCACUCUGUACGUCACCAUCACAGUACCAGACGGUAAGGUCAUCGGACGCGGUACGCUUCAUAUCCAACCAGCAGACUUUGUCUCGGAACUUGCAACACUCGAACCCACUGGCCGCAAUCUGUACGCAAAGGUCAAAUCCGCGGCCAGCUUCCUUACCUACUUUACUAGAGAGGCCGCUAAGAUGUUCUUCGCGCCGUUGACAUGCCUCCAAUGGCCCAGUCCCACAUUUCAUGGCUACGGCAACGUAACGGAGAUAGCCGAGACAUUCACUGUGAUCGCCUCGGAUGGCAUCCAUUCCACAAUGCAAAUGUGGAAUCCACCAGGCAGGGACGGAUCCAUCGCGAGACCGACUAUUCUCUUUGUUCCUGGCGCUGCAGUCGACUAUCAAAUAUUCGGCCUUCCCACUAUCGAAAAGAAUGCCAUCGAUUAUUUCCGCGAAGCGGGCUACCGGAUCUACUGUGUCACGCAUCGAGUGGGCAAGACCAUGACGGCCAUAAAAGGAGAUACCACCUUCGACGCGCGGCUUGACAUCCUCGCUGCUUUGACCAAAAUCCGCGAGUUGCAUGAAGGGCAGAGACGCGGGCAAGCGGAGAAGAUCUACGUGAUUGCUCACUGCGCUGGCUCUGUCGCGUUGUCCAUGGGCCUUCUGGAUGGUAGCAUUCCAGCCGGGUGGAUCAAAGGCAUCACCGCGUCAAAUGUCUUCAUGAAUCCGAUAUUUGCCAACGUCAACCGGGCCAAAGCUUCGUUACCGAUCCCACUGAACAGCCUUUACAACAAGCUCGCGGGUUCGUGGUUCAGCUGCACUAGCAGCCUCGGCGACUCUCUCAUCCAACAGAUUCUCAAUCAGGUCUUACGCUUCUACCCCGUGGGAAGCAAAGCAGAGAUCUGUGAUUCAGUCGUCUGCCAUAGAAGCAGUUUAGUUUUCGGCCGCCUCUGGACGCACAAAAACCUCAACGAGCCAACUCACGCACAGCUGGCGAACUUCCUAGGCGGCACAUCCAUGCGCUCCCUCGGUCAUCUCACGUCCAUGGGUUGUCUCGGUCAUGUAACCACCAACCCCCCCACAUCGAUCAACCUCGUGACUCCAUAUAACAUUGCACGCCUUAAAGGCAUUCCCAUUUUCUUCUUCUCAGGAGCAAAUAAUGCAGUGUAUGCACCUGAGAGCACGGAUGUCUCAUACACCAUGCUUCGGGAUGCACAUGGUCCAGAUGACUACGAGAGGGUUGUCUUCGAGGGAAGAGGCCACCUAGAUUGCUGGAUGGGAGUCACUGCCCAUACGGAUGUGUACCCCAGGGUAAGAAAGCAUGUAGAUAAGCUUAUGCUUGGUACUUCGUGA